AUCUGGAUUCCUAGCUCUAUACAUGGAAUAUCCAUGACGUCAUCCAGCAACCAUUCCACAGCCUCAGUCUCUGAGUUCCUCCUCAUCUGCUUUCCUAACUUCCAGAGCUGGCAGCACUGGUUGUCUCUGCCCCUCAGCCUCCUCUUCCUCCUGGCCAUAGGGGCCAACAUCACCCUCCUGAUCACCAUCCGCAUGGAGGCCGCCCUGCACGAGCCCAUGUACUACCUGCUCAGCCUCCUCUCCUUGCUGGACAUCGUGCUCUGCCUCACUGUCAUCCCCAAGGUCCUGGCCAUCUUCUGGUUUGACAGCAAAUCCAUCAGCUUCUCUGCUUGCUUCCUUCAGAUGUUCCUCAUGAACAGUUUCCUGACCAUGGAGUCCUGCACCUUCAUGGUCAUGGCCUAUGAUCGCUAUGUGGCCAUCUGUCAUCCUCUGCGGUACCCUUCCAUCAUCACUGGCCAGUUUGUGGCCAGGGCUGCCAUCUUUAUUAUAACCCGGAAUGCCAUCUUUUCACUUCCUGUUCCCAUCCUCUCUGCCAGAUUAGGAUACUGUGCAGGGAAUGUCAUUGCAAACUGUAUCUGUACUAAUGUGUCUGUGUCCAAAUUGUCAUGUGAUGAUAUUACCUUCAAUAGGCUCUACCAGUUUGUGGCAGGUUGGACCCUGCUAGGUUCAGACAUCAUCCUCAUUGUUAUCUCCUAUGCUUUUAUCUUGAAAGUUGUGCUAAGGAUCAAGGUGGAGGGCACUGUGGUGAAGGCUCUGAGCACUUGUGGUUCCCACUUCAUCCUCAUCCUCUUCUUCAGUACAGUUCUGCUGGUUCUGGUCAUCACUAACCUGGCCAGGGAGAAAAUUGCCCCAGAUGUUCCUAUCCUGCUCAACAUUCUGCACCACCUGAUUCCUCCAGCUGUGAACCCCAUUGUAUAUGGUGUCCGAACAAAGGAGAUCAAACAGGGAAUCCAGAAUCUGCUAAGGAGAUUGUGA